AAAAUUAACUCAAAACAAGAGGAUAAACCAAAGGCAAAAUCUCUAUUGCUACUCUUCACUAGGCUCACAAUCCUUGUUCCUUUAAAUUGGGAUUUUAGACCCAUAUAUAAUCUUCAAUAAUAUUCAAAAUUGUCUGAUGAAAUUCACUUUGUUUUUUCAAGAAUGAACAACCUUAGCCUAGACCAAACCUUAACAACCAACCCCUUCUUGUCAGUUUCAUCUUUACACCAUUCAAGAACCUCAAAAUCCCUUUCUUUAUCAAAAAAAUCCAAUAAAGUUGUUGUCUUUUCUGAUAAACAUGAUAAUUCAAGCUCAAUAACAAAUGAGUUCUUGACAAGAACUCAUUUUUCCUCCAAAAAAACUGGUGUUUUUGCUUGUAAAGAUGAUAAUUCAAGCUCAAUAACAAGUGGGGUGUUUUCAAGAACUCAUUUUUCCUCCAAAAAAUCCCAAAAAAAUGGUGUUUUUUCUGCUAAAGAUGAUAAUUCAAGGUCAAUAACAAGUGGGGUUUUUUCAAGAACUGUUUUUUCCACCAGAAAGACAAAGAAAUUUGUUGUUUUUGCUACUAAAGAUGAUAGUAGUAGUAGUAGUAACAAGCUUGACCAAUGGGACCAAAUGGAACUUAAGUUUGGUAGAUUGAUUGGUGAAGACCCAAAAUUGACCUUAGCUAAGAUAAUUAGUAGGAAAACAAACCCGGAGACAUCUUAUCUUGAAGUUGAAGAGUCAUUUGGCAAGAAGAAGGGUGAAAUUGCCGAGGUUCCAUUUGAUGCGUCCAAGGAAAAGAAAUCUCUCAAUUCAUCAAAUGGAUUAAAUUUGGUUCGCCCUGUGCCAAAGAAGGGUGUUAAGUUCGAGGUUGAUGAUAAACCGAUAAAGACCGAGGGUGAUAAACAAAGCCAACCAAUUUCAAGACCUCAAGUAAGUAGGAAAAGUAGUGUUCCAAAUGUUAUAUUGCGUAAACCGAGUUUGUAUUCGGAGGAGGAGUAUGAAUCAGCAAAAUACAAAAUUAAGCCAAACUUGACUCUGAAAAUGGGCAAAGAACUGAAACCCGAGAAGUUUAGUGAUGUAACGUUGUUGAAGAAGCCGGAACCGAUGAGGAUCAGCUCUGACGAUAGUGAAAAGAAUGGACAAUCAAGUGAUAAGUCUAGUGAUGUUACAUUGUUAAAGAAGCCGGAGCUGAUGAGUAUCAACUCCGAUGAUAGUGAAAAGAAUGGAGAAUCAAGCAAUGUCUUACCCGUAGCUAGUGAUGACACUGUAGAUGCUAGUGAAUCCAAAAACAGCUUGCUUUUGAAUAAGCCAGAGUUUAAUAAUUUAAACCUGAAGGUAGAUCUAAAUCAAGAAUCUGCCGAGGAUCAGCAUAUUAGUGCUUUGGAUGAAAGUACUUUGAAUGGUGCUAACUCUUCUUCUGAGCAAAGUAUGGCAGAGAAUAAACUUGGUGAACCGUUACAACCUAGCAGAAACAAUCCUCUUGAGGAACAAGGCUCUGGGACAGGAUUCCAGCAGACUGAUACACAGCGUGCCGAAAGAAGUUCUGAUUCCAAUAAACCGUCCGAGACUGGACCCACGGAAUCUUUAGAUGCUGCUCUUCUUGGAAAACCGAAAAGAUUAGACCAACCUAAAAAGACAACAUCAAAUGUUAGUCAAGAGGAUAUGCGUCCUGUCAAAUCUGAGGGCUACAUGGAAAAUGUGUCAGAGAUUGAAAACUUUCUGGCAAAAUCACCCAUUAAGGAACACGAAGAUAAUGACUGGGUAAGAGCUGAGGAGCUUGUUAAGAGCGGAGGAAGAGACGAAGUGGAACUAGUCAGCUGUAGCACCAGAGGCUUUGUUGUAUCUUUUGGUUCCUUGAUAGGAUUUUUGCCAUACCGCAAUCUAGCAGCCAGGUGGAAAUUCUUAGCCUUUGAAUCUUGGUUGAGGCAAAAAGGCUUAGAUCCAUCCCUGUACAAGCAAGGUUUGGGUAUCAUUGAUGGUUUUGGCAAGGCAGCUUCUCCUGAGGCGGGAAUAGAGCCACAAGUUGCUAAAAAUGGCGAUCAGGAGAUCUCACCAGACAUGAAACUUGAAGAUCUUCUUAGGAUUUAUGACCAAGAGAAACUCAAGUUCUUAUCAUCGUUUGUUGGUCAGAGGAUCAGAGUAAGUGUGGUGUUGGCUGACAGAAAUUCCAGAAGGCUAAUAUUCUCGAUAAAGCCAAAAGAAAAGGAAGAAUUGGUCGAGAAGAAGAGAAGCCUUAUGGCAAAACUUCAAGUCGGGGAUGUGGUAAAAUGUUGCAUACAAAAAAUUACCUACUUCGGUAUAUUUGUUGAGGUUGAAGGAGUACCUGCCCUAAUUCACCAGACAGAAGUCUCAUGGGAUGCCACUCUAGACCCUGUGUCAUAUUUUAAAAUUGGCCAGAUUGUGGAGGCAAAAGUUCACCAGUUAGACUUUUCACUUGAGCGCAUCUUUUUGUCGUUGAAGGAAAUAACGCCAGAUCCCAUGAUGGAGGCGUUGGAGGCUGUUGUUGGCGAUCAUGAUAAUUUGAGCGGAAAACUCCAACCAGCAGAUCAAGAUACUGAGUGGCCCGACGUGGAAUCACUUAUCAAAGAAUUACAGCAAGUCGAAGGUAUCUCCUCUGUGUCAAAAGGGCGGUACUUCUUGAGCCCUGGUUUGGCUCCAACAUUUCAGGUUUAUAUGGCAUCCAUGUUUGAGAAUCAAUACAAGUUACUUGCUCGGUCAGGAAAUAGAGUACAAGAGGUGAUAGUGGAAACAUCAUUGGGUAAAGAGGAAAUGAAAUCUGCAAUUCAAUCUUGUACAGAUAAAGUUGAAUAACCUAUCAAAUCAAAUAACAAUAAUAAGAAGAAAGUGACCAAUCUUUCUGUGGAGGCAGCCAACGGAUGGUAAAGCUUUGAAACCGGACUAGCAGAAGUUGAAGUUAUAACAGCAGAUGCGAAGAAGAGAAAUGACCGACGUGGUAUCCUAUUCCGAACACAAAUGCUAUCGAUUUAUCGUUUAGGUCUUCGAGAAUCUGGUGAGCUGAUAAUGAAUUCUGGCCAUUCUCAUGUUGCAUUUUUGAUCCUGGAUAUGCCGUGGAUUAUAUCAACAAAAUAUUUUUGGUUAUUUUUCUUCUCUCUUUGUUUGUUAAUAUAUAUAUUUUUCUCUUUUCUGAUGAGUUAGGAGUUUAUGUAAGGUCUAUGACAUAUUGUAUGUGUACACGUCAACGCGAUCAAUCAAUUACACUUCGAUUCCAAAUAAGUUGAAGUCGGUUAUAUGAA